AUGGCCAAACUACUAAAGAAGCCUCUGAAGCUUGCCUGUGUCCAGCUGUCGACCGGCGCUGACAAGGCCGCCAACCUCGCUCGCGCAAGAUCAAAGGUCCUCGAAGCCACCAGCAAGGGCGCCAAUGUCGUCGUUCUACCCGAGUGCUUCAACUCUCCUUAUGGCACAAAGUACUUUCCCAAAUACGCAGAAACCCUGCAACCCUCACCACCCACCGAGUCGCAAUCUCCCACCUUCCACGCCCUGUCUGCUCUGGCCAAAGAGUCCAAGGCCUACCUGAUCGGUGGCAGUAUCCCCGAGUACCUCGCCGACACAAAGAAACACUACAACACAAGUCUCAUCUUUGGCCCUGACGGAAACCUGCUGGCCACCCACAGAAAGGUGCACCUCUUCGACAUUGAUAUCCCCGGCAAGAUUAGAUUCCAAGAGAGCGAGAUCUUGAGUCCUGGAAACAAGGUCACUCUGGUCGAUUUGCCCGAGUAUGGAAAGAUUGCUGUCGCCAUCUGCUACGACAUUCGCUUCCCCGAGCUGGCCAUGAUUGCCGCAAGACAAGGUGCUUUCCUGCUGCUCUAUCCUGGUGCCUUCAACCUCACUACUGGCGAGCUGCAUUGGAAGUUGCAAGCACGCGCAAGAGCCAUGGACAAUCAGGUCUACGUUGGCCUCUGUUCGCCCGCCAGAGACAUGACUGCCGACUACAAUGCCUGGGGCCACAGUUUGAUCGUCAACCCAAACGCUGAAGUUCUUAGUGAACUGGAUGAGAAGGAAGGCAUUGUCUAUGCUGAUCUGGAUGGAGAGACAAUCGAGUCGACGAGGAAAGGAAUUCCCAUCUAUACCCAAAGAAGAUUUGACGUAUACCCUGAUGUCAGUAAGGGGGACGUCAAGUAUGAAGAGUAA